AUGGACCACGAUACAGCUGCCGCCUUUCAGCGCUUAAAGGAGGCCGAUCCAAGCAACCGGCGCUGUCUUGAGUGCGACACUCCGGAGCCACAAUGGUGCGCACUGUCGUACGGCGCAUUCGUGUGCCUCAACUGCUCCAGCAUUCACAGGAGCUUGGGGGUGCAUCUCAGCUUUGUUAGGAGCAGCACGAUGGAUGCUUGGCAGCCACUGCAAGUGAAAAUGAUGGAGGUUGGCGGCAAUGCCAAGUGCAAGAACUUCUUCGUCGAAUACGGAGUGUGGGAUAUGCCCCCGAAGGAGCGGUAUGCUACGAAGGCGGCUGCUUAUUACAGAGCGUUGCUGCGAUCUGCUGCUGAACCAUCAAUCACUGCGCCUCCUCUGCCGCUGAAGCGUGAGGAAGCAGCGGAGCCGGAGGUUACCAUUUCUUCGUCUCCGUCCUACUCCUCGAUUCGCUCUCUUGGAUCGAACCUCCUGAACGAGCAGCAGGCACAGCGGGAGGAGGGGCAGCAGGGAGGAGACUCCGCGCAAGAAGAAGGCUUCAUGGCUACUUUGCAGCAGCAGGCAGUUGCUGCCUCCGCAGCUGCAGCUGCAGCGGCAGCAACUGUCAGCAACACUGGAGGGGCAGCGAUAGACUCUGCUCUUCAAAGCGUCACUUCCUUCGUCUCCGGUGCUCGAGAAUACACAGCCAAAACUUUUGAGGCAGCGGGAGAGUCAAACUUCGUUGAAAAGGCAAAGGGAGGACUACAGAGCGGAAGCGAGUGGAUCGCUCAGCAAGGCAAACGCAUCUCGUCAACCUUCAGUGAGUUUUUCCUCGAUUUUCGUCCGACAGAGGCCCGCCUGUCCUCUUUUUUCUGCCGCUCAGCUCUUGCCGCGCUGGCAAGUUCUCUUCCGAUUGAUUGUUCGAUUGAUGAGCAUUGCGACGCAGCCGGCUCAGACGCAAGUGCUGACGGUGGCUGUACCUCGUCGUCACCAAGGCUGUCGGAAGAGCAGCCACAGGAGGGGGAAGAGGGGCUGCAAUCGCAGCAGCGCAGCGGCAGCGGAGUGCUGGAUUCAAUGCGCGACUUCACCCGCCGCUCACUCUCCAACGUUUCCCAGGUCGUCCGUAGCAGCAACAGCGGCGUCGGUGAGGGCGGGGGUGUCUUGGAGAAGGCAAGAGAAGGUUUAAGCUCGCUGACGGCUGUGGCGACGGGUUGGCUGCAACCUGCCGAGACUCCGUCUCCAGAAAGCAGUAAGACAGACACCCGGUGA